AUGGCUGAUACAAAUGGAAGAAAUAGUGUCGUAGGGCAGAAUUAUGGAGCUGCUUAUAACCAAGGAGGAUAUAAUUAUUCACAAAAUAAAGACAAAGAAAAUUAUGAGAAAUCAAACAGUGGACAGAAAGGAUAUUAUUAUGACGCAAGAACAAAUAUAACAGCAAAUGGUGGAUUGUAUGAUGAAUUUUCACUUAAUGAAUUUUCAUCAACAAAAAUAAGACAUGG